AUGGACGACUCUUCGCUCAGAGAUCUACAGGGUGUUGGUCUUGAACAACAGAGCGAAGUCACCUCAUCUAUACCUCUCAAUCUCGCCUUCACUAGUUUUUUGAUCGAAAAUUUAUUUGCCUGGUUUUGGAUGAUUGGGAUUCAAUAUUUCCUUUUUAAAGUAUUAUAUCAACAUCAACCCCAAAAUCGACCUCGACAUCGAAGUGAAAAAUCCCUCCGACCUUCACGCUUCUCACAUUGCGAAACUUCCACGUCAGAUCUCCAAGCACCUUCACCCAGCGAGUCAUACCUCCUCAUCACCUUCUUCUGGCUCCUCCAUGCUCUCCUCCAUACCCUCCUAAUAUAUCUCCUAAAUACUUUGGUGUCUCUCCUCUCUACCCCCGAAACCACAAGCACUUAUCUCGAAUGGCGUUCUACAAUCUACAAUCUUCACUACUGGGUCUUUAGCACCGGCGACGAAUCUCCCAUUUACGGAUUUACAAAACUUCUCGUGCUGGAAGUUCUCUUUUCAUGGUUUCUCUCGCAAGUAUCUCACUGGGUGAUGGAUACGAUAAUUCCUUUCUUGGGAGAGGUGCGCGGGCAACGUGAUUUCCGAGGAAAAUUAAGAAGCGCGGGAAGAAGAACGAGGGAAAUUUAUAAUUUCAUACUUCAUGUAGAUUGGAGCCAUGAUUUCGAGUUAUCCCACUCACAAUCGUCGAAUGCUCAUGUGUUAAAUGGUGGUGGUGAUGCAUCGACAUACCACGAUGAAAACCCCAAUCGGCAAAAAGAACAAAUCAUCGAGCUUUCUCGACAGCGAAGCGAAAGUUUGAGUUCGGACAAAGGGACCCAGGAGCGGAAGUUGGAUUGGAAAUUGAUUAUUGAUGCGUCGGCACUCAAUGAGAUGAAGGAGAUGUUGGGGCCACCGGGAGGCUUUGGGGAGUUGGGAUUUAGUGUUGCGAAGGAUAGGGUGUGUUUGGGGGCGGUGAGUAGUGGGUCGAGUUUUAUGGUUACGUUUGGGUUGGAGGGGAGUGAGGGUGAGAGUGGUGCUGGAAGUGGGGAUAGGGGGAGUGAAGGAAAGAAAGGAGAGAAGAGAGAGAGGAGGAGGGGAACGGAAAUUAGGAGGAAUACCUAG